AUGUCCACCGUCAACCUCAGCAGAAUGUUCCGGGGCAAGUUCCGCACGAACACCUGCCGGAUCGUGGUGCUGACUUCGCUCGUAUGGCUGCUAAUCGAUGUGAUACUGAUAGUGAAAUACGCCGACUGCCCCAGCACGGGCAGCGGGUCCAGCUGGCUAUGCAAGCGGAACGGGGCAGAGUACGAUGCGGAAGUGCCUCAUGCAGCCCGCCAGUCCCAGCAACAGCGGCGAGCGGCCGCCCCGGAGGACGACGAUCCCAUCGUGGACGUGGAGGAGAUCGACACCAACUCGAACAACUUAGGUGACCCCGGUGGUUAUGGCGGUGGUGGUGGCCACGACACCGACAGUUCAAUGCCCCGCACGUAUCGGCCACAGGAGCUGAAAAAGUGGCGUCCGGCGCCAACGGUGGGCGAAAACUAUGGCCGACCUGGCGAAAUGGGUAAACCGGUGAAAAUUCCGUCUAACCAGCAGGAGCUGAUGAAGGAAAAGUUCAAAGAGAAUCAAUUCAAUCUCCUCGCCAGUGACAUGAUCUGGCUAAAUCGAUCGCUCACCGAUGUGCGCCACCACGACUGCAAGAAGAAACACUACUCAGCGAAGCUGCCGACGACCUCCAUAGUGAUCGUGUUCCACAACGAAGCCUGGAGCACGCUGCUGCGUACGAUAUGGAGCGUGAUAAAUCGGUCGCCGCGGCCCCUGCUGAAGGAAAUCAUCCUAGUCGAUGACGCGAGCGAGCGAGAACAUUUAGGCCGCCAGCUGGAAGAGUACGUCCGCACGCUGCCCGUGCCCACGUUCGUCCUGCGGACCGGCAAACGGUCCGGUCUGAUCCGUGCCAGACUGCUCGGUGCCAAGCACGUCAAGGGGCAAGUGAUCACUUUCCUGGAUGCGCACUGUGAGUGCACGGAAGGCUGGCUGGAGCCGCUUUUGGCGCGCAUCGUCCUCGACCGCAAGACAGUCGUUUGCCCCAUCAUCGACGUGAUAUCGGACGAAACGUUCGAGUACGUGACGGCGUCCGAUCAAACGUGGGGUGGCUUCAACUGGAAGCUGAAUUUCCGUUGGUACCGCGUGCCGGCCCGGGAAAUGCAACGGCGUAAUCACGACCGGACCGCGCCACUGCGGACACCGACCAUGGCGGGUGGGUUGUUCUCGAUCGAUCGGGAUUAUUUCUACGAAAUUGGCUCGUACGACGAGGGCAUGGAUAUUUGGGGUGGCGAAAAUCUGGAAAUGUCCUUCCGGAUAUGGCAAUGUGGUGGCAUCCUUGAGAUCGCCCCGUGCUCGCACGUGGGGCACGUGUUCCGCGACAAAUCACCGUACACGUUCCCUGGUGGCGUGGCGAACAUUGUGCUGAAAAACGCGGCCCGCGUCGCCGAGGUGUGGCUAGACGAGUGGAAAGAGUUUUACUAUCAGAUGAGUCCAGGUGCCCGUAAAGCGUCCGCCGGGGACGUCAGUGAACGACGGGCCCUUCGAGAGCGGCUAAAGUGCAAGAGCUUCCGCUGGUACCUGGAAAACAUCUACCCAGAAAGUCAGAUGCCCCUGGACUACUAUUUCCUCGGGGAGAUUCGUAACGUGGACGCCGAAAAUUGUCUCGACACGAUGGGGCGUAAGUCGAACGAAAAAAUUGGCAGCAGUUACUGCCACGGGCUCGGUGGUAACCAGGUGUUCGCGUACACCAAGCGCCACCAGAUCAUGUCGGACGACAACUGUCUCGAUGCAUCGAAUGCACUUGGACCGGUGAAUCUGGUCCGCUGCCACGGAAUGGGUGGCAAUCAGGAGUGGAUAUACGAUGAAGAGGAAAAGACUAUCAAACACGUCAACAGUGGCAACUGCUUAACGCGUCCCACCCGUGAGGACCCAUCGACCCCACUGUUGCGACCGUGCAACUACUCCAAGGGCCAACAGUGGCUGAUGCAGUCCAAGUUCAAGUGGCAAGCCCACCACGACAAUCGCAUCGGCGAGGACAGAUAA